GAUGAACUCAGCUGUGGUAUGUCGUAUGGAGUGACAAAUGGAUGGGCCAAGUCUGUAUCGUAUAAUUUAAAAGGAGUGACGUUACAGCAAGCAAAAAAAUAUUAAGCAGCUGGGUGUAACUUUCUGUAAUUCUGGUGCGUUGUACUUUAAUAGAAGCAAGGAUUUGGAAUCGCAUAAUGAGCUUCCUAUUUGGAAGCCGUUCUUCAAAAACAUUCAAACCAAAGAAGAACAUUCCUGAAGGGACGCAUCAGUAUGACUUAAUGAAGCAUGCAGCAGCAACACUGGGCUCCGGCAAUCUCAGGCUUGCCGUUCUGUUGCCUGAAGGGGAGGAUCUGAAUGAAUGGGUAGCUGUGAACACUGUAGAUUUCUUUAACCAAAUAAACAUGCUGUAUGGGACCAUCACGGAAUUUUGCACGGAAGAAAGCUGUCCAAUCAUGUCAGCAGGACCAAAAUAUGAAUACCACUGGGCUGAUGGCCUGACAGUCAAGAAGCCCAUUAAAUGCUCUGCACCCAAGUACAUCGACUACCUCAUGACUUGGGUGCAAGAUCAGCUUGAUGACGAAACACUCUUUCCCUCUAAAAUAGGUGUUCCUUUCCCUAAGAAUUUCCUCUCAAUAGCGAAAACUAUCCUGAAGCGACUUUUUCGAGUCUAUGCCCACAUCUACCACCAGCAUUUCUCAGAAGUGGUACAGUUAGGUGAGGAAGCGCAUCUCAACACAUCCUUCAAGCAUUUUAUCUUCUUUGUUCAGGAAUUCAAUCUUAUUGACCGAAGGGAAUUAGCUCCUCUUCAAGAACUGAUUGAGAAGUUGACUGCUAAGGAGUGCCGAUGAAAUGCUUCCAAUUCAUUUCUGCCCAGUGAACAUCUACUUACAACAUUAUUUAACAGAUUUUGUGCAACUGCUGUAGCUGUGUUGCAGAUCGAUCCUGUUAGUGAUUGAAACAAACAAACAAGAGCUUUAUUAUAAAUUACAACUGAACUUACCAGUACCUUGAAGAAUGGUAUAUCAUCACUCCAAAUGAGGCCUCUGUGAGAUCUGAACAUGUUCUACAGAGUGAUUUGUGUGUCAUAUUAAGAUCAUCAUAUUCUCAAAAGAAUUCCACCCACAAAUAAUCUGUACACCAGCCAUGAACCAUUAUUAGAGACUAGAAGCAAAACAGAUGCACCAGCAUUAGCUCACACACUGUAUACUACAUAAUUUGACAGAGAACUGAGGUACUGAGACACCCAGUCUGGUAGCACAAUGGGAACACUUGCAAUGUACAUGCAGGAAAACCAAGUUGAACUGUUGCUUGGGAUCUUGUAAGUUUCGUUGUUUUUCCUCAGACUCCCAAGAUUAUAUCUCAAAUAGACCAACAAAUUCCACAAAUCUCCCAAUUCUUCAUCAGUAAUCAGUUUUCCAGAUCUCAUUCAAGAGCUGUCAUAGCUUAGUUGGUAUAGCGACAGGCUACAUACUGGAUGGCUGGGCAUCAGUUAACUGCAGGGGCAACACAACAUCCAGACCAGCUCUGAGGCCCACCCAGCCUCCUGUCCAGUGGGUGCCAGGAGGCUCUUUCCCUGGAAGUAAAGUAGCUGGGGCAUCAAGCUGGCUACUCAUCUCCAUCUAGUGCCAAGGUCAAGAAUGGUGGAGCUACACCUCCGCUCCCCCCCAAAUCUUCUUGGUGUUGUGCUUAAUUAGGCACAGGGACAGCUUUACCUUUUGCCUGUCAUACCUCAUUUAUCACUGCUUUGCCUCAUCGCUUUCUGAUGGAGCAUUUUUCAUUUUGCUCCAUUUUCUGUCAGGAUUGUUUUUUAAUGUUUCUGUAAUUUGUGAUUUCAUAUUUUAAUCCUGACAUCUACACAAAUCUUGGCUCAAAGCUUUCAUUUCCUGAGGCUUUAUAUGGUUUUCCUCAGUCCACCCAGGCAAAUGCUGGGAUAGACCUCAGAGUAGGUCAUGACUUCCCUUUCACAUCCUCUCCCAUUCCUAUUUCACGAAUCAUCUUAUUAUUAAACUCUAUAGUUUCAAGUAAUGAUGGUGUUGUCAAAUAAAACUGGUUGUUACUAUAGCUGCAUAUAAUACAGUAUAUUCUUGAGGAGAAUAUGGUGAUUGUGGUGAUAAGUCUCCAGUUUUGCCAUGACUGGGUUGCAAGAUGAAUAAUGUUACAUCCUUAACAUUGUAAACAGUGGCAUGGCAUCAGGGAACCACAUUUCAUUCACUGACAGCCUCGUGAGCUGCACAACAGUGAUAGGCAGUUGGAUCAUGGCCAGUGCCUGGCUGUCCUCACUUCUAGUACUUAUGACCAGCUCCUUCCUAUCAUUUUGAAUUCAUCAUACAUGUCAUUCAUCACAGUCAUUUUCAGACAACCUGUGCAGUUGAUACUGACAUUAAAAGGGUCCUUGAAUUGCCAUUUAAUUUGUGAGGUUAUGGGUUUAAACCUCCACCAUCCUUUACAUGAUUUUUCCCAGUCUCUCAAGAAUAUUAUUGAGAUAGUGUUAUUAAAAUAGGCUAUAUAUAAUCACUUUCAGUACAUAAUUCACAGUUUUCCUAAUUUUCAAGAUUGUGUAGCAGAUACAUCAUCAUUAAACAAGCAUAGAAUCACCUGGUAACGUCCUGUGUUGUACUUUAGCUUAUGAAAGUGUGUUUUUAGUUUCCUGCACAAAUGCAAUUUUAGAUGAACCCGGACAGAUUGUAACACAUAUACAAAUCUUCCAUGUUUAGUUAUAUUUACUUCUAAAUGUUGACGAAUCGGUAGAACAAAACGGCAGAUUACCUCAAAUGAUAGCAUGUCUUACUUGUAUGCAGAAGUCUGGUUCGAACCUUGGCUGAGGUACCCAUUAUCUUGACUGAAGCCCUGUAUUGUUUUCCUCAGCAGUAAUUCCAGGCAAGUGUAUUGAAACAUGGCCUGCUCCCCUUCUCUGAUGCUAAACAACCUGAGCAAUUGGUACAAUAUCAUUAAAUAACAUGCAGACAAACAAAUUAAGAGGGAUAAAUAUGCAAGCUCACAGAAGUUGCAAUAGUUGUCCAAUAGGACAAAUGUAAUAUGAUACAGCAUGAUCCAACUCUCUGAACCUGUUUGUGCUUUUAUUCUUGGUUUAAUAUAGUGACCUUGUAGCAGUGCCACUGGUUAUAAUUCUGUUACAAAGACUGGAAUCGACAAUGGGAAGCUGUAUGAACGAAGUUAUUUAAGGUUGAAGUUUCAUUCCACACUUGAUUAAUUUUCAGGGUGGAGUCACAAUUCAGAUUAUUGUUAAGGAAACAGAACUGUUCAACAGUUUUGUGUAAGAUCCAAGUGAAUAAGUCCGGUGAAUAACAUACUAUGGAAAAGAUUAAAACUUCCACACUCAAAAUUAAUGUUUCCUUAAAACAGAAUGGAGCAGACAUACUACCAUAUAUCUGUAGUCAGGAUGUAGAACUCUGUAAAUUU